AAAGCUCACACUUUGAGUGCUUGCAACCCUUCUUGCUUUCUCCCGUCCCUUCCCUCUAACCUGCACGUCGUGUUUCAAAGGACGCUCCUGCCCCGCUUGUUCCAAGCACACUCUUAAGACAGCACGACUUUGCCCACAGGAAGUAUAAAGUGGCGCUAAUGAAGGCAUGAGAAGCCUGAUUCCAUGUGCAACAUGUCCUUUCGGGCACAGUCUUUGUGGUGGCCCCUGCAGGUGCUCGGAGACCCCUCUCGGUCAAUUUCCUCAUCCUGUGCCAUACUCCCCAGGGCCCAGUACCUGCGAGACAUCCACGCCCAGCUGCUGAACGACGGACGGACAGGCGAGGUACCAUCAUCACAGAACCGCUUACCGCGCAUAGGUUGGGAUUCUGGGAAACACCCGAAUUUCGUUGCUACUUACACUGACAAACUGAAUGUCAUCCUCAUUUUCAUCCGUUGUUGCCUCAGAUGCCUCAGGCCCCGCUGGAGGGACAGACUCUAUCAUCUAUAAAAAUAAGCCAGAACAUGCUUAUCGACAUACGGCCACGUACCUGCAGGAAGAGAUUCUUCCCAAAAAGAACGAAGAAGGAAGAGCUCCGUAAGACAGACAGCAAGCUCUCGAGGAAACCGAACUGAGCACAACUGCAUGCAAACCCCACCAACAACAGGACUCGAUGGAUGGAGUCGGGCUCUGCCUCUGCAGACGUGGAGCCAUCCACAGGGAGGGACGCCGAAAACGACUUACCAGCCCCUGCGAAUUCCCCAAAUCUCCUCGAGGAGGAGGGAGGCACGCACACCGCCCAGGAGCGAGCCUGUCUCAAAAUGUCGCUCUCGCGGCCCGAGCAGCGACCACGGGGACCUCCGUGGCCGGCGCACAGGGCCGGGGGCGGCCGGGCGGCCAUUGUUACUGCUGGUUCCCCGCUCAGACCCGCACCAGGCCCGAACGCGGAGCUCGGCCCGAGACGCGGACACUGUCGGCCCGCCGGGGCGGCCACCGCCGCGCACCAGGCCUCACUCUCAGCAAAACACAAAGCCCUUCCCCGCUGGCCUGAGAAUGCCGCGGCCCAACGCUCGCCCACUCACCUCCGACCCCGGGUCUCCCAUUUCUCCGACGGCCUAACUGACAGCACCACCGCUCCUGCGGUCCCCGCCGCCGCCGGCGCCGUCGCUGCCGUCCCCGCCGCCGCUGCCGCCGCCGCCACGACUUCCCUUCCCGCCCAGCACCGCUUCGCGCCGCCGUGACCCGCCCCUGCGUGAGCGCCGACGCCGCCGACGCCGCGGGCGGAGAGAGGUGCGAAACCGCUUCUGGGAGAGGAGCGACCGGCUCUGGGCCGCUAUCCCCCGCAGCCUCUGUCUCGCAGUCCCGGCCUGCCUUCCCCGGGCCGCGCGGGAAGCCGGGAGUUGUAGUUCUGGUUGUUCCUGCGACUGUCCGAUUUCAGUGGAAAAGCAAGGAAAAGGACUCCAAGCGGGCCUGGAAUGCGGAGGCUUAGUUGAAUUUUGUGAUAAGGAAAGAAAUAGAAGGUUUCCUUAUGCUACCCACCUGGCUUCAUUAUCUGAGAUAGUAUGUAUGAAUACACCUGAGAAGAAAAGUUGAAGACCAGAGCGCCAGUCACCAGGUUGUCCUGAAGAAAACUGGCGAAGCAAGUGAGAGUCUAGGACCCAAGACCACAGGGGGCCAAGGCCUGACUAUCACUAAGCCCUACACUAGUGGAAAUAAUGUGCUGUUUAAGGAUAGUCUCAGAUACUACUUUACUAAAAUAGCUUACCUUUUUCAGUGUUCACAGCCAAAAAGCACUCUAUAAAAAUAGUUCACUCAUGUU